AAAGAGAAAAACAUCCUAAAAUUUAAUUAAAAAGCUCACAUUUCCUUCCUCUACUUCAGAUCCUUCCCAGAUGCCCAAAUCCUCUUUUCCCCUUAACUACCCUUUCUACCCCUCCAACCUCCACCACCGCCGCUCCCACCGUCGCCGCUGUCGCAGAUUUCUAUGUUUUACAAAGGCCCUUUCAUCUUAGCUCUUUCUCUCUGCUUAGGACUCAUUCUCGGCGCCGGCUAAAAUUCAACUCCGAUAGGAUAAGAAAUGCUGGUUCCUGGAUCUGUAGGGUUUGACGUCGUCGUUUUGGUAUCCUUGCUUGGUGUCUUUUUGGUAAUCCGCCAUAAGUUGAGGACUGCGGCGGCCAGGAAAGAGGAACUUACGAGGUUGCUCGAAAUGGUCUCGCAUGAAUCCGCCGUGGUGGAAGCUCAAGCCACCGCUGAGUACGGUUACUAUCCCAAGUACCAGUGUGCUGUUUGCUUUGCCCCUACAACUACCCGCUGUUCUCGUUGCAAAUCUGUUCGUUACUGUUCUGGCAACUGUCAAAUAAUGCACUGGAGACAAGGCCACAAAGAUGAAUGUCACCCUCCUGAUUUUGCAGCGAAAAAGCAGUCUGGACUUCACAGCUAUGAUUCUGAGGUGGACAAUGCAUUUAAUAUAUCUUCUGAUUCCUCAUCAGUGGUAGAAGAUUGUGAUGGUGGUGGUAAUGUUAAGCCUCAUGUAGAUGCCAUAGAAACAGUACCAUCCAGUUCCUCGUCAUUAACCGGCUUGAGUCCAUCUGGUGCCAGUAGUGAAUCACUGCUUGAUGUUUCUCCCAGCAGGACUCUUCUGUCUGGCCAUAAUGACAAGUUAGGCAGACAGAAUUCUGAUGAUAUUGCCACUGGUAUACCUAAAAGCAGGACUUCUGCUAAGAACAUGAAAAAAACUAUCUCGCCUUCAUCAGAGUCUAAUAAUUGGAGCAAAUUAAUAAACAAGAAGAAAUCCACUCAUGAAGAAGUUGAAAUGAGAAGGCAGAUUUUUAAGAAUAAUAAUCUCAUGCCUGAUGGUGGCCAUCCUAAAAAAGGUGUCUAUAACAAGUCAACCAGAGCUGUUUCUUCUGAAUCAUUAGGUACUGAUGCAUCCAAGAUUAGUAACUUAAGAUCCCUGGGCAUUUCAAGGACUAGAACUGUAACUGGUGAUAGAGAAGAUGUCUUGCAACUUUGUGAAAGUAAACACUUCACAACUUACUCAUGUAGUACUUCUUGUCAUCAUUCAUCUUCUGCACCUGGAGGGCAUUCUGUUCAGAGUUCCAACUCUGGCUUGCCUGCAAAAAUUAAUGCUGCCCCUACCUUGCCACCGACUUCUAGUAAUGGCUUGAAAAUGUCCUUGAGGAAGGUUGUACAGCAGUUCAAAGCCUCCAAAGAGUCUAAAUCUCAUCUUUUUGGUUUUGGUAAUGAGGCUGAUGGAAAACACAAUUACAAGAUUAUCUUUCCAUAUGAACUAUUCAUGGAACUAUACACUUAUGAUGCAGUGGAACUAUGCCCAUUUGGCCUUAAUAAUAUUGGGAACAGUUGUUAUGCUAACGCUGUCCUUCAGUGUUUGGCUUUUACUCGGCCGCUUACCUCAUACCUUGUCAAAGGACUCCACUCUAAAGCAUGUCGAAAAAAGGAGUGGUGCUUCAUCUGUGAGUUUGAAUGUUUGAUUUUCGAGGCAAAGGAAGGGGAUUCCCCUUUGUCCCCAAUCCGGAUAUUAUCCAAAAUACAAAAAAUUGGAAGUAAUCUUGGUCCUGGGAAGGAAGAGGAUGCCCAUGAAUUUUUGAGGUAUGCAGUUGAUGCAAUGCAGUCUGUUUGCCUCAAAGAAGCAAGGGCUACAGGUCCACUGGCUGAAGAGACAAGUUUAAUUGGCCUGACUUUUGGAGGUUAUCUUCAUUCUAAGAUAAAGUGCAUGAAGUGCCUUGGUAAAUCUGAGAAGUAUGAGAGGAUGAUGGAUCUAACUGUUGAGAUUGAUGGGGACAUUGGAAGUUUGAAGGAGGCACUUGCACAGUUUACAGCUACAGAAAUUUUGGAUGGAGAGAACAAAUAUCAUUGCACUAGGUGCAAAUCUUACGUAAAAGCAAGAAAGAAGUUGACGGUAUUAGAGGCACCGAAUAUUCUCACCAUUGUUUUAAAGCGGUUCCAGUCUGGAAAUUUUGGGAAGUUAAAUAAGUCGGUUCAGUUUCCUGAGAUCCUUGAUUUGGCCCCAUAUAUGAGUGGAGAAAGUGAUAAGGUUGUCAUUUACAAUCUCUAUGGUGUGGUGGUUCACUUGGAUGUAAAUAAUGCUGCCUUCUCAGGACAUUAUGUUUGUUAUGUGAAGAGUUUCCGAGGGGAGUGGUUCAGGAUUGAUGACAGCACGGUAAUACCAGUUUCAUGGGAGAGGGUCUUACUUGAAGGGGCAUACAUGCUACUCUAUGCGAGGCACUCUCCAAUGGCCCCGGCUUUGGUUAGAAAAAAUCUGGAGUCUCAUGGUUCCAAGACUGGUAGGAAUUUGGAAGCUGUUCCUUAUCGCCAUGACGUAUCCAAGUCUAGACCCGACUCUAAAUUUUCAAAGUUGGAUCCAUCUAUAGCACAACGGAAACACAAGCAUCCUUCCAUGCAAAGAAUUCCUUCAGCUGAUUCCUCGAGUGAGAGUUCUUCCAUUUUCAGCAGCUCUGAUGCAAGCUCAUGCAGCACAACAAGCACCAAGGACUCUUCCAGGAGUGAAGACUUCUCAGAUUAUUUAUUCGGUGAAACGGGACCAGAAUGGUACAGCCAAUAUGGGAUUUCAUCGGAAACAGCUGCCUCAUCCUCCUAUCAUGAUUUCGAUGCAGAUUAGGGACGGAGAUGGAUUGCCAUGGUCGGUGGUUGAGGGGGAUGGGAAUUCAUCAACAUUUUUGUACUGACUCAGUUAGACAGCGUUAGAACAGUAACGGUAGAGCGACAGGCAUCGAGCAAGGAGGCUGGGCUAACCCAUUUGAUGUAAGAUCAUCGGGUGUUGCAUAUAGCAGAGCAAUCGUAGACGGAGCGACUCAAACGUUUUAUUGAGGUUUGAGUUGACGUAUAAUAAGAUGUAACUUUCAAUUAUUAAGUUUA